AUGAAGGACCGUCUCACCCUCUUGCUCUGCGCCAACGCCAGUGGGGACCUUAAGAUCAAGCCCCUGCCUGUCUACCAUUCAGAGAACCCACAGGCCUUCAAGAAACACAAGGUGAACAAGGAGCAAUUGAGCAUUUUGUGGCAGUCUAACCCAAAGGCUUGGGUCACACGCCUCUUGUUUGUGAAGUGGGUCAAUGCGGUUUUUGGUCCUGCUGUGAAGAAGUACCUUGUGGACAAUAACCUGCCACUCAAGGCCAUGCUGCUCAUGGACAAUGCUCCUGCCCAUCCUCCAGGCCUUGAGGAAGACUUACUAGAGGACUUUAAUUUCAUCAAGGUCAUGUUCCUUCCGCCUAACACCACCCCACUACUCCAGCCAAUGGACCAGCAGGUCAUCUCCAAUUUUAAAAAACUCUACACAUGGGAGCUUUUCAGGCGAUGCUUUGAGGUGACAGAUCGCUCAAGCCUCACCCUCCAUGAAUUUUGGAGAGAGCAUUUUGGCAUUGUGAGCUGUCUGCAGAUUAUCACCAUUGCCUGGGCCGGGGUCAGCCAGACAAACCUAAAUUCUGCUUGGCGCAACCUGUGGCCAGACUGUGUUGUGAAACCUGCCUCCAGUGCUUCUGCACCUGCACCUGAGUCAACAGUGUUGGAGGAAAUUGUUUUCUUGGGGAGGACCAUGGUCCUGGAGGUGACUGAAGAGGAUGUCUAUGAGCUGGUGGAGGACCGUGACCUAACCACCGAGGAGCUGGUGGAAUUGUCUAAGGAGGCGAUGGAGGAGCAGACCGCAUUUGAGGAGAAAGAGGAAAUGAGUGAGGAACAGCUCUCUUCCACGGAACUCAAGGAGGCAUGGCAAAUGUGGGUAAACCUACAGACUUUUGUACAGCAGCACCACCCAGAGAAGGCACUAGCCCACAGCCUUGUGAGCAGUUUUGACACAGACAUCAUGUCACCUUUCCGAGGGAUGCUUAAAAGGCGCCAGAGGCAGCAGACAAUGGAAAGGUUCCUACAAAAACAGCCUAGACAUAAAGAAGAACCUGCUUGUGUUAGUGCUGCCCAAUUGUCCUCGUCCUCCUCAUCUUCCAAAAAUUGUUAA